GACGUAUUUCGAUCGUACAUCAGUAAUUACAUUUUCAACAUCGUCACUUUUAUCUGUUCUAGUUAUCUUUUCUAGUAGAUUGACUAAUUGCAUUAUGACGUGAUAAUAAUUAUCAGUCUGAUUAUGUAGCGAUGUGUCUGAUUAUCGUAUCCUCCACAGAACGAGGUGAAUAUCGCAGUGAGAGACCAACUAGUGAUCGACGACUAGGAGUAUUCAUCGUACGUGUGAAACAAUUUGAGAAUAACUGGUCUGACGCAAAUGUGCAAAAUGUUGAGUCAGCGAUUGAGCAACCGGAGAUUGCUGGUCGAUCUCCUAGCGCUGAUGUUUGGCCUGGGUGCCUGGAUCGGUGUGAAUGGCAUAUACGUACAAUUACCUCUGAUCGUGCAUACAGCUCCGGAAGGAUGGAGCCUGCCCGCCCACAUGGUGAUGCUGGUGCAAUUUGCCAAUUUAGGUCCCAUACUGUACACCCUGUAUAUAAAGUACACCGCUUGGGCGUACGACAAAUUCAUCAUUUAUGCCUUGCUGGCCGCAGGAGCGUGCGCCUGUGUCGCGUUGAGUUUCCUGUACGAUUACACCUCGUUUGUUUUCGGUAAGGAGCACUCGACCGCCCUCCUGUCGCUGAUGUUCGUGACCGCCCUCGUCGGAUGCACAAGUUCCGUGCUCUUCAUGCCGUACAUGAGGAAUUACCGUGAGAUUUAUCUGGUGUCUUAUCUCGUCGGGGAGGGAUUGAGCGGAUUCGUACCGAGCGCAGUUGCGUUGAUACAGGGCGUCGGUGGUAAUCCAAAAUGCGAAAACGUCACCAAGCCAGGCUCGACCCAGCUGGAAUUUGAGCCCGCCAAAUCAGAUCCGAGAUUCUCCUCCGAGAUAUUUUUCGUCUUCAUCGGUUCUCUGCUAUGUCUGAGUUUUCUCUCGUUCUUAGGUUUAAACAAUUUGCCCGUAGCACGCGGGGAAAGGGUCAAGCUUCCAAGCAGCAUGGAAAUGUUGCCGACCGACACGACGGCACCGCCCAGCUAUAAAACUAAUUCCGGCUGGAAAAUGCCGAAAUUUAUAUACUACUAUUUAUUAGUUAUGAUGGCUAUAGUCUGUUUCCUCGGUAACGGUACCUUGCCGAGCAUACAGUCGUACUCUUGUCUACCAUAUGGCAAUCUAGCGUAUCACUUAACCGUCACGCUAGCUUCCAUAGCUGGUCCAUUAGCUAUGUCCUUAGGUUUCUUUGUAAAUACGCCGCAGGUAAAGCUUCUUAAUGUCCUCACGAUGAUUAUUUUAGUGCUUUCAGGCUUUGUCUUAUAUUUGGCCGCGAAAUCGCCUCAUCCUCCCUUGCAACAUUCGUGGGUGGGCGAACUAAUGGUAGUUCUCGUAUGGAUAACGCUUUGCGGUUUAAUAGGAUUUGUAAAGAUGGGCAUUACGACGUUAUAUCGGCCCGAUCCUGGAAGGGGUCUUUACUACACCGGCGUUGCGACGCAAAUCGGAUCCUUAAUAGGCGCAAUUACCACGUUCGGUUUGGUCAAUUACGCGAAGGUGUUUCAAUCUUAUUCUCCUUGCACGUAUCUUACAGAAAAUUAAUGUCGUCUGUACUUAAUUUUAUCAAUUAUCCACGCUGAUAUUAGCUGAAAGUUAUUAGCAAAUAUUAUUAGCAAUUCUGU